UUAACGGUCGUGGUUUAAAAAGGGGAAAAGUUUCCAGCACAACCGGCACUUUCAAACAACCACGUUUGCUAACGGUUUUUAUUUAUUCAAAAAAGUUAAACAAAAUCCAUUGAGCCAGUGUUUGUUUUUGGUUCUAGUUCGGUUGCGCGUUGUAAUGAAUUGACGCUUUAUUUGUAUGUACGCGCAUAGACACAUACAUAUGUAUGCACACACAUACGUACAUACAUACUUCUGAGUUUGAUUAUCUUCCAAAUUUGAAGCAUUAACGACAAUUAGUCGAAGAAAGAACUUUUGAACGUUCAUACGCAUUGGGUUAUUGGCAAUCGGGGCAUCUACAUAUAUACAAUUACAUACAUAUAUACACGUGUACCAAGUCAAUUUUUACAUCGGUGUCAAUUUUCAAUAAUAAAGUUACUACAGAUUUCGCGUAUAUCCCACCAUACAUAUAUACUGUUAUAGGCAUUCGCUCGUGUUACAAGCAGCAAAUCCUUUGACCGUCGCAUAAGCACUCAUUCACCAGCCGCCGCUAUCAUUUUUCGAGCACUUAAAAGUUGUAAGAGUUUAGAGUUCUUAGCGUUUUGUGGCGCGUGCUACGACGAAAAAUUAUAGAAUUGAGUUACCAGACACAACGGAGCAUUACUGAUAUACUCACAAUACAUAAAAAAAAAAAAAAAGCGAUUUUAAGUUAAGUGCAGCACCAAGUGAAUGUCCAAAUUUUAACAGCUGCUGACUUUCCGUAAUCCAAUUUAUUUGCCGUUUAAAGUGUCGUUACGAUAAACCUUCAGUUUAGUAGCUCGCUUAAAUCUUUUUAUUGCUCACAUUUCCGAAAAUCUCCAUCUUCUCUCCGGCAUAAGCAACGCAAUGAAGGCCGCCGCUUUCCUUACAUUUUCACUGAUAGUGAUAACCGCUAAGGCUUGGCCAAUGGUUAAGAGGGCGUUCGAAUUUUAUCCAAAUCAAGAAUUCGCCGACAUUAAUGUUAUCACAGAUUGCAUGCACGUUGCAUCCGAACCCGGCGACUAUGUAUUCAAAAAAGUACCACAUAUGCUGCCCAAUACGAAGGAGGCGCCGCUCAUGGAAGCAGCUAUAGAAGGCCCGACGUCGGAGGUGUGUGGCCUCUACGUGAUUGGUGAGCCCGACACCAUUGUCGAAAUAACAAUGAAACACUACGAUGUCAAUUGUGCGACCGGCGGUCUAAUGGCUUUUGUUGAUGGCUGGGAGUUGAAUGGCGAAUAUUUUCCAGGCAUUAAGGAUCAUCAUCGCGGGCUGGAAGAGCGUGUCGUUGAGUUUUGCAACAAUUUCAAGCAGUGGCCACGUGUUGCGAAUAAGAAAUUCUUCCGUUCAAGUCAAAAUGCUGCGCUGCUGCAGUAUCGUAUUCCCUUACGAGGCUCUUUCAUCGCCCACGUCCGCUUUCACAAAAUUACGAAACCUUGCAACGUGCUGGUGCAGGAUACGACCGCCAUCUUCAAUAUGGCUAACUCUGGCUAUCAACGCAAUUGCACCAUAUCAGCACUCUUCCCAGCCACAGUGGCUGUGGCCAAUCUGAAAAUCGGCGGCAAGAAUGUGCGUGGGGAAAAGGUUAAUUACGAUUGCGGCAUGUAUGAUGAUCGCUUGGAAAUCGGCGGGUCGUCUGGACUGGAUGCAAUCGCAAUGGAGAAGGCGGCCGACGUUUGCGGCUACUCAGAUCAGCAGGGACCAGAACAGGCCAUUUUCUGCGGCGUGACUACGGUGCGUCUGAUCUCCACUGGACGAUAUCAAAAUCACGCUACUGUAAUUAUACGCAAGGCCGACGAAAACGAUCUGGACAUAGCCACGCUUGUAUGUGCUCUGUAAAUUUGUAAACUAAUCCAACUCGAUCGAAGAAAACAAAAAAGUGAAGUGAAAUCAAGCAAGAAAUAGGUAUUGGGGCAUAGGUUGGCUGCUUUGUCAUUGAUUUAAUUUUUGGCAGUAUUCUCAGCUAAGAAAAACACUUCAAGCCAGCUUUCUUCUACUCUCUUUUUUAGUGUUAUUUAAUAAAUCUGCACGGAUUUCCUUUGUUACAAGUAUUGUAUAUAUGUAUUUGAAACCCCUUAUCUCUACAUGUACGUAUGUAGUAUGUACAUAAUUUAUUUAAAUGCAAAAAAUUCUCCGGGACGGUAUGUACUUGUAUAUGGACAACGCUCCCAUUGACCGUUUAAUGUUUAAAAAUAUACAUAUUAGUUACAUAUAGAAAUAGAGAUUACUUACAUAUACAUACAUAUGUACAUACAUUUGUAUGCAUUUUAAUGUACAUUGUAACUGCAGUAAAAAUUAUUCAUAGUGAGCUGAAAAAAAAAAUAGAAAAAAUACAUACAUACAUAGCUAUCACAGUUUAUUCGAUGGUUUAUUUAUGAACGCUUAUGACACAAAAAUAAAGCGUAAGUACUGAAAGCACAGUUUGGUUGAGAAACUUGCAGCAAUUUUGUAGCUAGUAUUCGGCCAUAAUUUAGGCGGGGGAUGUGACCUGAACGUUAACGAAAGAAAGAAAGGCAGUUUAUAAUAAUUUUGUUCGCUAUACCAGAGAUUCCUAAAGUAGGUUCCGUAGAAAAGUCACCAGGAUUCCGUGAAAUGAUUAAUUUUUGGCUUUUAAAUUUUACAGUUUUGCUACAAGAAAAACA